GUCUCAUCACUUCCGUUUCGCCUACAUCAUUUCCGUUACGGGUGGCGGGAGCUAUCAUGGCGACCGCCGCGAUGGUGAAGCCGACUAAAGAGCGUCUACUGAAUGUUUUGGACGAUUUGGAGGUUUUGUCUCGGGAGCUGAUCGAGAUGUUGGCUCUGUCCCGGAGUCAGAAACUCCCACAGCCCGGCGAAGACACUCAGAUCCUGGAGCUGCUGGUGCAGCGCGACCGCGAGUUCCAGGACCUGAUGGAGGUGGCCCAGCGGCAGGGCAAGGUGCACCAAGAGAUGCAGCAGCUGGAGAAGGAGGUGGAGAAGCGAGACAGCGACAUCCAGCAGCUGCAGAAGCAGCUCAAGGAGGCUGAGCACAUCCUGGCGACCGCCGUUUACCAAGCCAAGGAGAAGCUCAAAUCCAUCGAGCGUGCCAAGAAAGGAAGCAUAUCGUCCGAGGAGCUCAUCAAGUAUGCGCACAGGAUCAGCGCCAGCAACGCUGUGUGUGCGCCGCUCAACUGGCUCCCAGGCGACCCGCGGCGGCCGUACCCCACAGACCUGGAGAUGCGCAGCGGCGUACUGGGCCACAUGGCCAACCUGCCCACCAACGGCGUCAACGGACACCUGCCGGGCGACGCCCUCGCCGCCGGGAGGUUGCCAGACGUGCUGACGCCGCAUUACCCCUGGCAGUCGACGGAGUCGUCGGCCGGCAUGCUGCCGCCGCACAACGCCGGUGACUUUGGCCUCGAGCCGCCGGGGCACAACAAGGAGAACGAGGACGACGUGGAGGCCAUGUCCACGGACUCCUCCAGCAGCAGCAGCGACUCGGACUGAAAGACCUGUGUGUGUGUGCGUGUGUGUGUGUGUGUGCGUGCGCGCGUGCGUGCGUCAUGUUCUUAUUCAUGUUUGUAAAUAAAACGUUUUGAGUGGGACUGUGCCAUUUGUCUGCAGUUUAGUGUUUUGUACAGGAGUUUAUUUUGUGAUUUAUAAAUAAAAGAAUGGGCUUUGUCAGUCAACUGAA